CACGGCAGGGCGAGGAUGAGCCCGGAGGAGGAAGGCUCGGAGGCAGGGCCCCCGCAGCACGUGCGCAUCCGGGUGGAGGAGCAGUCGUUCUGCGUGGAGAAGGCUCUGCUGGUGGAGAGCAGUGAGUACUUCCGAGCCCUGUUCCGCUCGGGCAUGAGGGAGAGCACACAGGAGGAGAUAGGGCUGGGGGAGCUGAGUGCUGCUGGGUUCUUCACCAUGCUGAGGGUGCUGGCGGGGGAGAGGCCUGUGCUCGGCAGUGAGGAGACCUUCCAGGCCGUGAAGUGUGCUGCCUUCCUGCAGGUGAAGCCCUUGGCCAAGUUCUUGAUCAACUCCAUCAACUCUGACAACUGCAUCCUGCUCUUCCAAGCUGCUGCCAUAUUCGGCCUCUUGGACCUCUUCCGCUGCGCCGCGCUCUACAUCAGGGACAGCUACGCUGAGCUGGAGGAGUACCUGGACUGCCUCCCUGCAGACCUGCUGGCCUAUGUGGAGUCCCUCUUACCCAGCACCUUCGUGGCAGUGGGAGCCCAUACACCCACCUUUGAGUUCUUAGAGGACCUCUCCAGGACCCUCUGCUACCUGGACGAGGAGACCAACACGUGGAGGACCCUCUCCUGCCUGCCGCUGAGCGCCAGCACGUUCCUAGCCGGCAUGGCCACCAUGGAUAAUAAGAUCUACAUUGUGGGUGGUGUGUAUGGGGCCAGCAAGCAGGUGGUGGAGAGCAGCUUCUGCUAUGAUGCUGACACCAACACGUGGAGCGAGUUCCCCGGUCCCCAUCAGCUGCGCUAUGAUGCCAGGCUGGUGGCACACGAGGGCUUCCUCUAUGCCAUAGGGGGGGAGUACGAGAAGAUCUCCCUCAAGUCCGUGGAGAGGUAUGACCUGGCCUCCAGCACGUGGACGUUCGUCUCCGACCUGCCGCAGCCCAGCUCAGCAGCGCCCUGUGCCCAAGCCAUGGGGCAGAUCUUCGUUUGCUUGUGGAAGCCGCUGGACACCACUAUCAUCUACGAGUACCAGACCCAGCAGGAUGCAUGGCUCCCCAUCACGGAGCUCAAGCGGCAGCAGAGCUACGGGCACUGCAUGGUGGCUCACCGGGAUAACCUCUAUGUGAUGCGCAAUGGGCCCUCGGAUGACUUCCUGCGCUGCGUCAUUGACUGCUUCAACCUGACCUCGAGGCAAUGGACAGCCCUGCCCGGGCAGUUCAUGAACAACAAAGGAGCCCUGUUCACUGCUGUCAUCAAGGGUGACACCAUCUACACCGUCAACAAGAUGCUGACGCUGCUGUACUCCGUGGAAGAGGGGACCUGGAAGUUCAAGCAGGAGCGGGCAGGUUUCCCUCGCAGUGGUUCCCUGCAGACCUUCCUCCUGCGCCUGCCCAGCCGCGACCACAAGAUCGCCACAUAG